AUUAGCAAAAGAAAUCACAAACCGAAAAAUUUAAGCCCUAAAAACCUAUUCGAAUCGGAUCAAAACUCAAUUACCAAAGCCAACGCAUUAAUUGUUGUUUGAAACUCUGACGUCAGCAUCCUCUUAAAUCUUAUCAUCUCCAUUUUCACUUGAGCAAUCAUGGCUUCUAGUGUCAUUCUUCUCUAACUUCUUCCUCUUUCUCUCUCCUCCAUGGCUUCCACUCCUCAAAGCUCCUCCGAAAAUGGCGACUCCAAUCACACCUGCAAGAAACCCAAACUCAAUCACGCUCUAACUCAACAACAAGAACAAGAACAAGAACAGGAACUACAAAACUCUGUCAAAACCCUAAGUUCCCCCUCCGAAAUCGCCGCUGAAUUCUCACAUCACGACCAAACAAUCGCUCGAAUCAAUAAUGGAAGCUUCGGCUGCUGUCCUUCUUCCAUUAUCUCUGCGCAGCGAAAAUGGCAGCUUCUCUUUCUCAAACAACCUGAUUUAUUUUACUUCUCCCACCUCCGACCUGGGAUCGAUUCCUCUCGUCGUCAUCUUCUUCCUUUAAUCAACGCAUCCUCUCUUGAUGAAAUUUCCCUCGUUGAUAACGCCACCACCGCAACCGCCAUCGUUCUUCAGUACGUUUCCCGCGCUUUUUCCGAACGCCGCUUCUCCGCCGGUGACGCUGUUGUCAUGCUUCACUACGCUUACGGCUCCGUUAAGAAAUCUGUCCAUGCUUACGUGUCGCGCGCCGGUGGCCACGUCAUCGAGGUAAAUCUCCCGUUUCCUGUUUACGAUGAUGGUGAGAUAAUCAAAGAAUUUAGAAAUGCUUUGAAUUUGGCGAAAUCCGAAAAUCGUAGGGUUAGGUUUGCUGUGAUUGAUCAUAUAACUUCUAUGCCAUGUGUUGUUUUGCCUGUGAAAGAAUUGGUUAAGAUUUGUAGAGAUGAAGGUGUUGAUCAGGUUUUCGUUGAUGGGGCUCAUGCAAUUGGGUGUUUGAAAGUUGAUAUGCAGGAUAUUGGGGCGGAUUUUUAUACUAGUAAUUUGCAUAAGUGGUUCUUUUGUCCGCCGGCGGUUGCCUUUUUGUAUUGUAGGAAGAAUAGGGAGGAAGUAUAUAAUGAUGUGCAUCAUCCGGUUGUUUCGCACGAGUAUGGGAAUGGGUUGCCGGUGGAGAGUGCGUGGACUGGGACCAGGGAUUAUAGCUCGCAACUUGUGGUGCCGGAGGUUUUGGAGUUUGUAAAUCGUUUUGAGGGUGGAAUUGAUGGAAUUAUGAGGAGGAAUCAUGAGAAGGUUAUUGAGAUGGCGGAGAUGUUGGCACAAGCUUGGGGAACAAAGUUGGGGUGUUCACCUGAAAUGUGUGCAAGUUUGGCUAUGGUUGGAUUGCCUUCUUGUUUGGGGAUUAAUAGUGAUAAAGAUUGUAGUAGUUUGAGGACACAUCUCAGGGAGAAGUUUGGGGUUGAGGUUCCCAUAUAUUUUAGGCCUCGCAAGGAUGGGGAAGUUGGAUGUGUGACUGGUUAUGCUCGGAUUUCUCAUCAGGUUUAUAAUACCAUUAAGGAUUAUUAUAAGUUUAGGGAUGCGGUUAAUCUGAUGGUCCAAGAAGGCUUUACCUGCGCCAAACUCAAUAACUAGAGAAGGUGAGUGAUGAACACAUUCAAAUGAAAGCUCUGAUGAAUAACUUUACCGUCCCAUGUUGAACCUUUCAACGUUCUAGGCUUUGCUUACCUUGGAUUGGUCCCAUUGGAGUAGCUCAAGAUACUAAAAUGGCAAUGAAUCUAAUUGUAUAGUGCAUUGAAAGGUGUAUCUUGCCCCUGUGAAAUACAGGGAUACCUGCUCUUGUGGCUCUUGUGGGAACUUGUGCCGAGUGUUGUGUAAAUCAGGUGAGCUGUAGGACAGUAGUAAUUUGCAUUUUUAGUUCAUUUAGUGCACUACUAGAACAUACCAGUUCACUAGCACUGGCAAAUAAUCAGGCUGACUGCUGUAUGAGUUUUGUGAUUUGCAACAAUAUUCAGCUAAUUUAAGUUAAAAGGCAACUUCCAUCUUUCCCUUUUCUUGCCACA